AUGAUAUAUUCAGAAUGUGCAGCUAGAACUAGCACAUGCAUACUUUCUCUACUUACCAUGAUACCGUGCGCAAGUUCAUUGAACUUUAACUCUAAGGCAUUUGGGUCCCUUUGGUUUAACUGGAAAAGAUACGGAUUCCCACUAGACCUGUUCCGCUCAGAUAACCCAAUUUACCCUUAUUUCACAGAAUCAAUGUCGCCUCUAUUGAAUGAGACGACAGGAUACUUGAUUGGAGUUACUGAUUUAAAAAUCCUUAAUAAGUUGAGUAACCCGCCGACUUUGAUUUUUGACUUGGAAGAGGAGAUCAUUAGACUGAGAACGAAGGUGCUAUUGGGCUAUUAUUCACCAUCAUUCUAUGAAAUAAGCUUCUUUGACGAUUUCGAGUUGUUGGAUGAGCUUGAUAUUGACGACGAGCCUCUGAAAAUGGUCGUGGACACCAGUGAGAACAUAUUCAACUUUGUGGGAGAUUACCUGUCAAGAGCCCCUUCCACAAUUAUAGAAUUGGGUGGAAAGGCGAGUAAAAUAUACCACAUGGGAAGAAGGUUGGGGAUGAGAAGACAUAAGGAGAGUUACUUGCGUCUGUUUGACAUUUAUUUCCCUGGAGCUCUGCCCAAGUUUCUGAGGUUCUCCAAAAAAGGAUCAAAGUCCAAAAAGAAAAAAGCUAAGGAAUCGGAAAAGGUAGAUGAAAAGGGUGAAAAAACUGAAGAAGGUUUAGAUAAAGUUGCGCAAUGUGAUGAUGAGCAAAAGGAUUCUGAUAAGAAAGAAGAUGAACAUGAGGAUAAAACUGAAGAAAAGGAUCAUGAGGAGUCGACUGAUAAGUUUUCAGAUGUGGGUGAGAAUGACGAAGUGGGAGCACAGGAUAGAGCAUCGGAAUACAAAAAGAUUAAAGGAUUUGAUCCGCUUGGAGAGUUGAAGGCACAGUGGGAUGAGUUAACUAAACAGGAUGAUGAAGAUGGGAAAGUUUCAGAAGUAGUAAAAGAGGAAGAAGAAGAGGAUUUGGCUGUAGUAAACACAACAUUCACAUUCGAGAUGAUGUUCGAGAAGAUGAUGAAAAGGAGCCCGAAGUAUAGAUAUCUGGGUUAUGUCCAGUAUCUCCAGUAUGAAGAUUCGAAGGACCGAAAUAGAGAAAUAGAAUACGCAAUAUUAACAAGAAUUCAGCCUUUGAGAGAUUUCUUGCUCAAAUUAUUGAAAUCAUUCGCAUACGCAGGAGGAAAAGGAAGAAGACCAUACCACCUGCUAAUGGACUUUUUUUUCGAAUUGGACUCAGUAAUAGACUUUAAUAACCCAGUUGAAGGUGUGUAUAUUGUUAGGGGAGAAGAGUACCUGAGAGGCUGCAUGCAGGAAUUGCCAGACUCCGAUACCGAGGAACACCAAGAUUUAGACGAAUCGUAUAAGAAAAGUUAUAUCAUGGAAGGAGACCAGGAAGUAAAACUUAAGCUUCCCUCAAUCCUAGCGACUCAUGUAGUGGAGAUCCAGAACAACUACUCCAUAGACUUUGUAGAACUGUGGAUACGAACACAUAACUUUAAGGAAUUUUACAUGAACCAUAACCUGGAAGUUUUCAACGAGCCUGUGUUCUACGUUAGCCAGAACGUAGCUAAAUAUACAUAUCCGAACGGAGAUUUCUACGUUGGAGAACUCGUGGAUAUGCUCAGAGAUGGUAAAGGAUCAUAUGUGUCCAAAGACGGAUCUAGAUAUGAUGGAGAAUGGUUGCGCGAUAAACGGCAUGGAAAAGGAACCCUAAUAACAAACGAUAUUAAAUAUACAGGGGAUUGGCUAAAUGAUAAGAAACACGGUUUUGGAAGAUUAGAAACAAGAUCAUAUACAUAUGUGGGAGAUUUCAGACAUAAUAGAUGCCACGGCAAUGGAACUAUGUCAUAUAAAAGUGGAAUCAAGCAAAAGGGUGAAUUUAAGCAUGGGAGAUUCGAAGGGAAGGGGAUGAUGACAAUGCCUGAUGGAUCAGUGAGAAUGGGGAACUUUAAGAAUGGAGUGAUAUUCGGAGUUUGUUCAGUGAUAGAUAAGACAGGAAGAGUGUAUGUGGGACAAUUGCACGGAGAUUUGUUUCACGGAAAGGGCAUUUUGAAGUAUAAUAAAACCACAUCAUUUGAAGGGUACUGGGUUAAAGGAAGAAGAGUCAACCAGGGGAUGAUAAACACAAUAAUAUCUGGAUCACCUCUUAGGGUUGAAGCUGUGUGGCAGGAUGACAACAUGCUGAUGAAUGAAGUGUCGAUUAAGUUCCCCAACGGGUUCAAGUAUAACGGAAGCUUGAGGUUAUAUCCCCACCAGACCCUAAACAUGCAGGAACUGAAGGACGAUUUGGAGUUCAUGAAGCUGGAUCCCAUGAUCAACGAGGAAGAUUUGAAACUCUUUGCGCAAGAGUUUGACAAACUCGAUAACAAACUGUUGGCUCACGGAAAUGGAAUAUACAAGGACACUAAGGGUGAAGUGUACAAUGGGUUGUUUUUUUAUGGCUCAAAGCAUGGAAAUAUGUCUCAAGUUUUUCCAAACGGGACAAUAUACACUGGCCAGUACCACUUGGGAAGAUUGCACGGAAAAGGAACUUUUCAGUUAUUGACGAAAAGAACACUAGAAGUUAAGUUCAACCGAGGAAAUCUCGAAACUGAGUUGGAUUUCCAAGACCAUGCAUACAUAAAACAAUUUUUGGAGCUUGAAUAUCCAACAUUCCUCGAAGAGUUCGUAAAGUACAAACUAGACUCACUGAUGGAUGUCAUGAAGACCUCAAACAUACUGGGAUUUAAUAUGUAA